AUGCCGUCCAUAGGUGUCUGUUCGCUCUGCCAAACAAAGUGCGUUGCCGUUUGGGUAACGGACCCAUGCAAACACGAAGCCUGUUACAAGUGCCUCACGUCCCGCGGCAGCAUCACCACUUGCUUUGAAUGUAAGAAAAAAUUCAAAUUCCUCAGGUGCCCAGGUUCCCAAUAUGGAUGCCAGUUCAACGCCAGUCAGGGAACGUGGGAGCAGCACGAGGUCAAGUGCACGUUCCUCCCCGUGGAAUGCCCCUACCGAUGCGGUGUUAUUCUAUCCAAGAAAACUCUUAGCAGGCACAUUAUCGGCGAGUGUCCACUACGACUUGCAACUUGCCGAUAUUGCCAGGACAGCGUGUUUCAAGUUGAGCUUGAUGAUCAUGAAAAGUCUUGUCCGGAAGCGCCGAUCAGCUGCCCAUUUUGCCCCCAAGGAAACAUCAAACGGGGUCGCCUGUCGGACCACGCUAAAACGUGCCAGAAGACUCCUAAGCCCUGCCCUUUGAAUAAGUAUGGAUGUGGCUUCGUGGGAUUGGACACUGUCAUGGAUGAACACCUGAACGUCAAAAACCAUGUCCCGUGCUUUCAGAAACUAAACACGGACAUGGAAGAACGAGAUACGGAGAUUGCUCGUUUACGCGCGCAUGUCGACACCCUGAAGAAUGAGAUGAAGGAAUUUUUUGCAGCUGGUGUCGUGCCAUUUGACGAAGAACUGAAAUGGACGGUGAUCUUAAAUCAUUCCAGGGGCACUUCGUGGACCAGCCCCAUAUACAAACAUCGUAACACAAAGACCUCGUUCUGCUUCACGUUGACAUUUUUUGACAAUGGAUACUCCAUGACAUUGAAGCAGUAUCUCCUUGCAGAAGAAGACUCAUCUGAAGAUGAACAAUUCAUGGUCAAGGUUGAGAAGAAGUCCAGUGGGCAGUUCAGCGAGAUUGACAGAAGGGAUGGAAUUGUGUGCAAAGAUCAGAAACUCCUGGAUUGGAGACAUGGCAAUGAAACAAUUUAUGUUGUAACGUUUGUUGAGAAGGGCAAUAGUUAUCGAGUGGCUCGCCGUUCAGAAAGGCACCAAUGA